AUGCGACCCAAGGAGCCAAGGACAAGAACGCAAAAGAACAAAGGUGGGGUGGCAGUUGACCCAGCUCGAACAGUACAAGCUGGGUGUGAAGUCCGAUGGCUUCCGCCGGGAACCAUGAAAGAGUACUGGAUGCAGUACAAACAGCAGGCUGACGGCCCUGGGGAUUGGCAGACUGCUGCCGGAGUGGCCCAAGCAUUCAAGAUUGGUCCGAAGGAGAGCAAAGCUGUCAGGGAGUUGUUCCUGAACGUGCCUCAUGAUAUCUGUACCAGAUUGGAGGAUGCUGUCAAACAGCGAGGUCUCACGCUUUUGCUCAAUCACGAUGCGAUUGGCAAUGGCUGCUUCAGCACUGGUUUCUCUUCAGGGACUGGAGCUGUAGAGCAUUGGCAUGACCACCUGACGAAUCUGUCCGACAAUUUGGAGUUGGUCAAUCUUUUCCUAGACCGGGUGAUCGGUGACCAUGACUCGACGGCGCCUGGCUUGAGGAAGGGGCUCUCCUACAAGGAUGCCGCGAAGAUUCACCAAGCUGCAGGCUGCUUCCUUUUUUUCUUGAAGAAGCUGAAGCAGAUAUGCCCAGAGGGGGAGUAUGCUGAGACUUCUCGAGGGUUGCGCAGCCAGUUCAUGUCUGGAUUCCUGGAUGCUGAUUUGGUGACCACUCUAGAAAGCCAAGUUCCAGCUGCAGCGGACAUCAUGGAGGUCAAAGCCUUCAGGCCGGUAGUGAUCCGUAUUGAGAAGGCUCAGACUGAGCAGAAGGAGCUUGCAGCCCAAAGUCUCGCCAAGGAAGUUGCCAAGGCAACCCUUGCUGAGGUUCAGGGGAUGUUCCGGAGAGACCUUGAGAUCUUGAAAGCCAAGCUGCCAGCCAAAGAUGAAGUUUCUGCAGAAAGUGCCCUCGACAUGAAGUAUUUGCGGGACCGGCAGAUUCCCGGUUUCGAGCAUGUAAGGAAAGGCCGAAAGUAUUCGGAGGAUUUCAUGAAGACCAAGUGUUGCCUGCUUGCCGUGGAUGACGACAUGCAAGCCGCGGGCACGAACGCUUUCUUGCAGUUUGUGGAGCCCAUGAGAGGCAUUCCAGGGACACUGUAUGCGGUCGCUUGCUUGGAUGUGACCGUGUUCCCAGCCAAUGCCGAGAGGGUGAAAUCUGCCUUCAACAUUCUCUCUUCAGUUUGUGCAAUGUCAAGUUCGCACUGUGGCUGGUUGAUGAUGCCAGUGCACCAGACCCAAACGAAUCAGCAGGCGCUCAUGAAGCACCGUCGAUCCGUCGAGGAUGCCUUGGUCAAGACAUCUAUCAACUUGACCAAUGAAGUGGCGAUUCUUUUCCAGAAGCCGGAUGGCGCACGAGAUGGCCGCCCCAUGCAGCAGCCUGCAAGAAUUGCAAUUCACAACAACUAUGUGCCGACCAGCCCUUUUCUGGAGAGUACAGCUUGUCAAGAUGCUCGCACUGGCCCAUGCCAGUUGAUCAAGAUUACCGACUUCAUUGGCUACGAUCCAGAGGCGCAACGCCCUGGAGCAUCAGCGCGUGUUGAGCAGAAGGGAAUAGUGGCGCAUCACAAGAUGAUUUCUGACUUGCUGAGCUUUGAGAUCAAAGAGGGGGACAGAGUGGUAUGGUUCGAUAUACUGCCCAACAGGCAAGCUGAGUUUGGCCGUGCUUGCCUUCAGACACUGUUGACAGGGGCCAGCCCCCAAGUCCACUACUUGGGGUUGGUGAAAGACAAGCACUACACUGAACUUCGCACUGCUUUUGAGAGUGAGAUCUACAAGAUGUGGGACUCCGAUGCGAACUUGUCCCCGCCCAAGACCAGGCCACCAACUGCUUCCAAAGCAUUGGAUCCCCAGACAUUGGGGCUUGAGCUGAUUCCCGUGGACAACGGCGUCCCAUUGUUUCCCACGGUGGUCUACGGCAAAUUCAAGGACGGGAGCCCUGAGAUGGAGGAGGUGAAGAAGAUGGAGCAACUUUUCAACGAGCAGUUCCCACGUCCAGAUCAGUCCAGCCGUCCUUCACCGAAUGCAUCUGGCAACCGAGCGACUGGCCAGUGUGACUUCAGCAUCGACGGUGGCGAGCGUCCAAGGAAUGUCAACAAGGUGUUGAAUCUGCCCACAGUUCCUGUCGCAGAGGUUCCUGCAGAGAGGCUUGGUACAUCGUUGGGCAAAGCCGGCAAACCUACAGUGGUGAUUGACAAGUCCCAUCACAUUUGGUUGCUCAACUCUGGAGAGGAGAGCCUUACAGUGACUCCGGGAGAACUGUUUGGCUUCGGCACCGGGCAGUACAGCAUUGUGAAUGACUGCGAAGAGGUUCUGCCACAUGCCAUUCCGUGGAUCGUCAAAAGUGAUUUGGAUAUCUUGGCCCAUGAGAAAGACCCGAAGCCGCUGUGUGUCUUUUUCCGACAGCUCGCCGUCGACAGCGGACUUGCCGAUAUCGAGCUGGAGUACCAUGUGCUUGUGCCCAAAGUCAUUCCUGCCCAGGACAGAGUGUGGGACGUUACGCGCCUCGCUUCCAAGAAGACUUGUGUCUACAAGCCCAGUGCUUUGGACGGCGACAGCGGCGGCCGUGACAACCUGCGCAGGGCCAUGCUGGGUGCAGUGUACAGCGGGGACUACCAGAAAGUCCCCCGCGGAAAUGGCCGUGUAUCGCUGAUUUGGGAGGUGCGCGUUCAGUCAGCCAAGGAAGUUGCUUUGUAUGAGUUUGUUUUGCUUUGUUUUUGGAGCCAGUUUGUUUGCCUUUGUUUUUGGAACUUGCUCGAAGCUCGUUUUGAGUCUUGCGCGUUCUGCAGGUGUCUUACACAUCUUCACCGCCGAAGUGCUUACCUACGAAGCCCAAGGUCUACCUUCUGGGCCAGGUUGAAUUGGGGCCUGGCACUGCUGUCAACUUGUCCGUGUGAGUUUCAAAUCAUGCGGAGCACUGUGCGAACUUGA